UUCGAGCCUGCAAAACCACGAGCCAGUCUGAAUGAUUUCCUUGUCAUUGAUUCUGCCGUUUACGCCGUUUUCCCAUUGAAUUGGCCGCUACAUGGCGGUUUUCUUGCCUAUUUUGUUAGUGAUAAGAAACAUACAAAAAAACACAAAUACAUUAUUUUUUUCUUUAAUUCGGCAGCUGUUGGAGCUGGCAGAGUGAAGAGGGAUGGCACUGCGCUGGACGUUGUCCGUAUGUGUGUCCUCCUCGGUGGUCUAUUAAGGUUUUAAUUAGCCGAUACGAUGGCUAUGGUUGACAUUUUAGACUGUUGUCGUGGGACUGGGACUGCACCGCCCCGAUAUGGAAAAGCACCCCUGGUUUGAAGACCUCUGAUCCCAUCGGCUCCUUGGUCAGCCAGGUGACAGUCGGUUAACUGAGGAAGGAGAGAGCACACUGAAACAAGAAGAGCCACUUGCCCUGCUUCCCGAUCACCAUGUCUAUACCCAGCAUCAGCCCCGACCGAGAGGGCUCCAGUGGGGUUCCUUCACACCUAGAGUGCCCCUCCUCUCCUCCCGGUUUAGAUCCUGAUCCGCUGUCGACUGGGAGCCCAGUCCUCAGCCCAGACUCCUCUUCCCAUGAUGCAGUGCUGUCAGCGCCAGCAAUGUCACCGGCAGACUCGGAGAACCUCAGUCCAGAUGAACUGGAGCUGCUAGCCAAACUGGAGGAGCAGAACAGGUUACUGGAGGCUGACUCCAAGUCCAUGCGCUCCAUGACAGGCUCACGACGCAACAGCGGCUCUUCGCUGGUGUCGAGUUCCUCCGCCUCCUCCAAUCUGUCCCACUUGGAGGAGGACACCUGGAUCCUUUGGGGUCGUAUCGUCAACGAGUGGGAGGAGUGGAGACGCAAAAAGGACAAACUCCUCAAGGAGUUAAUUAGGAAGGGCAUUCCCCAUCACUUCCGUGCCAUUGUGUGGCAGCUGCUGGGCAACGCCACGGACAUGCCGGUGAAAAAUCAGUAUUCAGAACUACUGAAGAUGUCAUCCCCUUGCGAGAAGCUCAUCCGCAGAGACAUUGCACGCACCUACCCUGAGCAUGAGUUCUUCAAAGGUCAGGACAGCUUGGGCCAGGAGGUCCUCUUCAACGUCAUGAAGGCGUACUCCCUUGUGGAUCGAGAGGUGGGCUACUGCCAAGGCAGUGCAUUCAUUGUUGGUCUGCUACUUAUGCAGAUGCCUGAAGAGGAGGCGUUUUGCGUCUUUGUGCGUCUGAUGCAGGAAUACCGUCUUCGAGAGCUCUUCAAACCCAGCAUGGCCGAACUGGGCCUCUGCAUCUACCAGUUUGAAUAUCUGCUGCAGGAGCAACUUCCAGAGCUUAACGUCCAUUUCCGGUCCCAGAGUUUUCAUACAUCCAUGUAUGCGUCAUCCUGGUUCCUCACCUUGUUCCUCACCUUCCUCCCUCUGCCUGUUGCCACACGUAUAUUUGAUAUUUUUAUGUACGAGGGCUUGGAGAUCAUCUUCCGUGUGGGCAUGGCCAUCCUGCAAUACAACCAGACAGACCUCAUUCAGCUGGACAUGGAGGGCAUGUCGCAACAUUUCCAGAAGGUGAUCCCCCACCAGUUUGACAGCUGCCCAGACAAGCUGAUCCUCAGGGCCUACCAGAUCAAAUACAACCCCAAGAGAAUGAAAAAGCUUGAGAAAGAAUAUACCACCAUCAAAAACAAAGAAAUGGAGGAGCAAAUUGAGAUCAAGAGGUUACGUACAGAAAACCGGCUGCUGAAACAGCGGAUUGAGACCUUAGAGAAGGAGAGUGCUGCUCUGGCAGAUAGACUCAUACAGGGUCAAGUGACCAGGGCACAGGAAGCGGAGGAGAACUACGUGAUCAAGCGUGAGCUGGCAGUGGUGAGGCAGCAGUGUAGCACAGCCAGCGAGAGCCUGGAGAAAGCGCAGGACACCAUCAGAGAGCUACAGCAACAAAAGUACACAGAGCAGUUUGUGAGCGGUCUGCAGACGCAACUGGAGCAGUCCAAGCUGCGUGAGGCCGAGCUGCUGGGAGCACUGAAGGAAAUGCAGGACAAGGUGCUCGAUCUGGAGAAGAGAAGCAACUGUUUACCUGAUGAAGACAACAUGGCGGCUCUGCAGGAAGAGGUGAAGCAGAUGAAACUGAGGGAGCUGGAGACACUGCGCUCUUUCAGAGAGAUGCAGGACUCCGUCACUGAGCUCAAUCAGCGGUGGCAGCAUCACAUGUCCCGCAGUGGCAGCACAGGUGGCGGUGGCAGCCACUGGAAGGAAUCACCAAAGAAGAACGCAAUGAAUGAGCUGCAAGACAAACUGAUGACCGUCCGACUGAGGGAGGCACAAGCCCAGGCUGAGCUUCGAGAAGUCAAACUGAAAGCUGUUCAACUGGAGAGCCAGAAUCAGAUCCACAACAAACAGAUCGGCCGCCAUGAGCAGGAGCGUUCCGCCCUCCAGGAUCGGCUCCAGAUGCUGUCCAAUCAGAAUAAAGCUGUUCAGGCCCAGCUCAAUGAGAUGAAACGGAAGCAGGCCGAGUGGGAUUGCAAGAGUAAAGAGGAGGUGAUGGCGGUGCGCCUGAGGGAAGCAGACAGCAUGGCUGCCAUGGCUGAGCUCAGGCAAAAGAUAGCCGAGCUCGAGAUACAGAAGGAAGAAGGGCUGAUCCAGGGCCAGCUGAACCACUCUGACUCCAGACAGUAUAUCAACCGGCUCAGGGACCAGAUCACUGAGCUCAAAAAUGAGAUCAGGCAGUUGCGUGGGCAGAAGGCGGGGGCACCCAGCUCCAGACUCACUACAGGAGGCACCAACUAUCAAGAUCUCUGCCUGGCCAGCCCUGCUUCAGCAGAAGGGGACUACCUAAGCUCAGACGACGACCUCCUCCACAGCCCGCUCCCCGCUAAUGCCCUUUACCCAGCCAUAGCGGGCCCGUGUCACUCGUCCCCCCGCCUGGAUAGUGAAGGUAGCACAGACAGCGAGGCAGAGGAGCGGAUAGCACCCGACCCUCAGCAGCUCUACGGCAGCAUGGUGUGUGCCAAGGCGAUGGAGAAUUAAGGCCUGGAGGAAGAGGAGUUCACUGACACGGACAGACCUGCUCCUUUAGCGCCUCAGAAACUGUUCUAUAUAGUACAUAUCUAACUCAAGACACAAAAUGGGCUGAAACUGGACUUGCUGCUCAAGAUGGACCACUUGUCCUAAAUCUGUUGACCAUGGCAAACAAAAAGUACAGCCCUUCUAUAACUCUCGUUCCAGAUUGGGAUCCACUGUCGGACAUGUUAUUGUCCUGUCAUGAGAAAAGUACACACGUCCCUCACUACUAAAGGUCUAUCAGCCAUCCACGGAGCCCAUCCAUGCUAAUUGGAAGAGACCUGAGGAGCAGAAGAACACAUCCAGUGGAAUAUCACCAAAUACGUACAUCUUGUUCUCAUAACCAUUUCAACAUGUUUCACAACACACACAAGGCGUUCAAAGUGCAAAGAUAUUCAAAAAAAGUUGCCAAAUCUUUUUUUUUGUAUUUUAAAGUAAUUUAUAUGUUAUGUAAUUUAUUUUGAUAUGUUUUUUUUUU